GCUUGGGUGCAAUGCCCCUAAAAGGGCGAGGCUUAUUCGAAACCCCAAAUUCAGAAAAGCCAGCCAGACCUUGGAAGUUUAAGAAGGUGGAAGGCAGAUCGCGGAACCAGUGUUCUGAUAGUUGUGGUUCUCUGAGGGAAGCCAAUUCUGGGGACCGGUAGUGGAAAGCUCUUGCGCUGUUUCCGGCCACCUCAGCGGGAAGCGGAGACGCAAGCAGCUGGAUCUCCGGUAGCUGAGACAUAGGGAAUAACUGUUGUCGCGGCGGAAGAAGUGAGGACGACGCCAACGGCCUUCCGGGCCUGUGUUGGAUCCCCAUAAUUUGUGAAGAUGGUGUUGCUAACAAUGAUCGCCCGAGUGGCUGACGGGCUCCCGCUGGCCGCCUCGAUGCAGGAGGACGAACAGUCUGGCCGGGACCUUCAACAGUAUCAGAGUCAGGCUAAGCAACUCUUUCGGAAGUUGAAUGAACAGUCCCCUACCAGAUGUACCUUGGAAGCAGGAGCCAUGACUUUUCACUACAUUAUUGAGCAGGGGGUGUGUUAUUUGGUUUUAUGUGAAGCUGCCUUCCCUAAGAAGUUGGCUUUUGCCUACUUAGAAGAUUUGCACUCAGAAUUUGAUGAACAGCAUGGGAAGAAGGUGCCCACUGUGUCCCGACCCUAUUCCUUUAUUGAAUUUGAUACCUUCAUUCAAAAAACCAAGAAGCUCUACAUUGAUAGUCGUGCUCGAAGAAACCUAGGCUCCAUCAACACUGAAUUACAAGAUGUGCAGAGGAUCAUGGUGGCCAAUAUUGAAGAAGUGUUACAACGAGGAGAAGCACUCUCAGCAUUGGAUUCAAAGGCUAACAAUUUGUCCAGUCUGUCCAAGAAAUACCGCCAGGAUGCGAAGUACUUGAACAUGCGUUCCACUUAUGCCAAACUUGCAGCAGUAGCUGUAUUUUUCAUCAUGUUAAUAGUGUAUGUCCGAUUCUGGUGGCUGUGAAAUAAUGAAUACAGUCACUGGUAAGGGAGAAUCUAGAACCCAGUAGGUGUAUAUUUUCAGGAAACUGAGCUCACAGAGAUGUGUAUUAGAAUCCAAGUGGAACUUCUGCCUCUAAAGACCUUGAAAGAAAAGAGAUGUCCUGAAAAUGAAAGGUUACACCUCAUUUAAUGAAGCUUAACCCUAUGUAGAAAGUCUGUUUCAGGGGCAGAGGCUUUCUCUGGGUGCUAAGCCAUAUAUGUUAGGGAACAGUAGAUUGUUAUUUCGUUUUUUUCCCUUCCAGUGCAUUUUAAAAACAGCACUGACUGGGGCAUUCUCAUUCUCUAAUGGAGCCAUCAAUGAGAUUUAGUCAACCUGUGCUAGCAACAUUCUGAAAUUCCUUCAAAGAAGGCAGUCCUUUGGGAAGGUUUUUUUUUUUUUUUUUUUUUUUUGACUCUAAUCAACAUUCCUUUUGUUGGUGACAUUUGUGAUUUUCAAUAAUCUGAGUUUUUGAUGGCCUUUUAAACAAGACUCCAGUAUGUGAAGGUUAAUUGCUGUGCUCCACAGAUCUUGUCUAUUGGCCCCUGUAGAAAGUUAACCUUUGUUGUUUUCCUUUUAUAAUUUGCUUAUUGCACAAUUGCUUUAGGGUUAAGUGAAUUAUAUGAAGAUACCUUGAAAUUAUAGCACUCUUCGAUUAAGAAGCUACAAUGUUUCUCUCAUUUACUCCUUAAACAGAAUACUUAAAUUAGUCUGGGUCAUUAUUACUUUUAUUUUGCAGCAUUUGUUUUGUACUAGUGUAAGACCAAGUAUAGGAUAUGGAUGAGGCCCCUGGCUUCAUGAGAAGAAAGGAAGGCCCAGGUUAUAAUUACAGCUUUCUCCUGCCCCUUCUUUACUUUCUCUACCACAAUUUUCUCCACUGUUUGUUUUCCUCCUGCCACAAUUUGCUAACAUUUAAAAAAUUUUCCUGCACCCAGUAGUUUCAUGUCCUGUAGACAUCCUCUUAGGACAUUCUCAAAUUUCAAAAUAAAAAAUAUUCAUUUAUGUAGUUAAUUAAAUUUAAAGUUUUUGCAGAUCAACUACUCAAACUACUAAAUACAUUUACCUGAGAAAAAGUCUCUGAGAGCACUUCAUUCCUGUUUUGGUUCAUGUAAAUUCUCUGAGAAUGUUCUAGAGAUAGAUAACUCAUUUACAGUGGUUUCUAUUAACUAAUUAAAGUACCCAUGAUUUUUUCCUUUUCUGCUCAGGGAUAAUGGGGAUUUCCUUUUACCUUCUGAGGUAGAAUUUUUUAAUGGGGAAAAUAGGCCUUUUAAAUAUUAUCGCAAGGGUCUACAAUAUAACGUAAAACUCCUGUACAUACUGCAGAUACUUCUUUAAAUUGUACAGGAAAAUGAGCGAACUUUUUAUUUCUUAAUAUCUUUGGCGAAAACUUUAACCAGUAAGCAAUUUUAUAACCCUGAGGGAUCCUCAAAGAUACUAUCCUGAUUCCUGGUAGGAAAAAAAUAUUAUUUCCUUAUAACAAGGCAAGGAGGAAUGCUAUUUUAUUCCUGAUAAUUUAUAGAACUAGAAUUUUUUUUUCUUUUAUGGACCUAAAUCUGCCAAUUGGGAAUUUUGUGCAUGCAAUAUGAAGUUACUUUUUAUAGAUAAUAAGUGCUUUUAAGUCCCUAAAAGGCUCCUGCCUAAGUAAUGAUGAUGUUGAUAAUAAAAGCCUUUGAAAGGCUGAAAACCUAAAUAGUGGUACCAUAGUAUUUGGAGCUUCUAUAGGAGUGGAGAGGGGCAGCUCAUUGUUGAGAGUUGCAUGCUGCAACCUAAUGGUCAGCAAUGAAAUAAAUACUUCUAGAAUAUUCA